UCUUCUGAUAAAGUCUCCAAAUUAAGAAGACAAAUUCCGUGCACUUUUCGCUCACUUCAACUCCUCUCGAGACAUUUCAAUCAAAGGCAUUUACGAUGCAAGGCGUCAUCAAUAAUAUUAAGAGUGUCGGGCUUGGCGUUGCCGAGUAUUUGACUCCAGUUUUAUCGGAAUCAAAAUUUCGCGAAACAGGAGUUCUAACGCCGGAAGAAUUUGUCGCUGCAGGCGAUCAUCUUGUCCAUACAUGCCCAACGUGGUCUUGGUGCAGCGGAGACGAGUCAAAGAUAAAGUCAUACUUACCCAAAGAUAAGCAAUUCUUGAUAACGCGAAAUGUCCCGUGUUACCGUCGUUGCAAACAAAUGGAGUACAAUGGCGAGGAGAAGCUCGUCGAGGGCGAUGCUGAUGGCAUGGGCGAAUGGGUUGAGACAUAUAACGACGAUGAGGCGCAAGUGAACGAAGUCGAGGAAAAAGUGUACGAAAUGACGCUGGACAGCAGUAAAAUUGACGAAAUCCAGGGAACAUCGAGUAAUGACGCUGCAACAACUUCCGCUGCGAACGAAGAUGAUGACGAAGAAGCUCUUGACAUGGAAGAUUACAUUGACAGCGGCUUAAUUGACGAAGUUGAUCCGAGUGCGGUAGUUGUGCCGCAACAACCGGAAAGUAGUAAAGCCAGUAAAACGCCCGAGACGGAACAAGACUCUAUUUUGCGUACGAGAACGUAUGAUCUUCACAUCACCUAUGACAAAUAUUACCAAACGCCGCGACUUUGGGUCGUUGGCUACGAUGAAAAUCGCAAAAAACUCAGUGUCGAUCAAAUGUACGAAGAUGUUAGUCAAGAUCAUGCCAAGAAAACAGUUACCAUGGAAACGCAUCCUCAUCUUCCGGGAGGACCAAUGGCUUCGGUGCAUCCGUGCAAACACGCCGACAUCAUGAAAAAAAUUAUUUCAACCAUGGAAGAGGCGGGCAAAGAGCUGGGCGUGCACUUUUAUCUCAUCAUCUUCCUAAAAUUCGUAUCCACAGUCAUCCCAACCAUCGAGUACGACUUCACACAGAACUUUGAAAUGUAAGAAAA